AUGUCAGAGGGUAAUGGGAAUACAGUGGAAGGGUUCUCUCUGGCCGAGAAAGAACAAAGAGAAAUAGUGGUGGAAGAAUCGACUAUACAGGAACUCUGUAAUAAGGGCUCUCUGUGCUUGGUGGGACGUUUGGGUGUGCCAAAGAAGCUAAAUAAGGAGGCUUUCAAAACCGUCCUUCAGCGAAUCUGGAGACCCUCAGGACGAUUGGUGGUCAAAGAAAUCAGGGCUGAUCUGUGGUUAUUUGAGUUUUCGGAGGAUAGGGACAAACAAAAGGUCCUAGCGGGCCGUCCCUGGUCGUACGACAGAACUUUGUUAAUUCUUAAUGAAUUUGACGGUAAGAUCUCACCGUCACAAAUGGAUUUCUCCUCUUCCCCUAUAUGGGUUCAAGUCCACGAUAUGCCCCUUGGUUGCAUGAACAGAGGUGUAGGCAGUCAGAUUGGAAGCUCGCUGGGGGAGGUAGAAGAAGUAGCAGUGGCAGAGGAUGACGUGGGAUGGGGGCGCUAUCUCCGGAUUAGAGUAGCGAUCAACCUCUCUCAGCCUCUUGAACGUGGUAGAACGUUGCGGAUCUCUGGUAAACCUUUUUGGGUUCCUUUUAAAUAUGAGAAGCUACCUAUUUUCUGCUUCAGGUGUGGUCGUAUAAUCCAUGGGCAAAAAGGCUGUACUGAUUCUGCUAUAAGGAAAAACCGGUUGGAUGGAUCAGAAGGUUGGGGUCCCUGGCUUAGAGCAGAAGAGCUACUUAGAGGGCCAGGAAGACAAGAGGAAAUGAAGGUGGCGCCGGCGUGUUCUGAUCACGGCUGGGGUGAGGAGGAAGUGGCGGAAGAUUAUCCCGGAAAGGAAGAGAAGAAACGCCCAGAAAAUCAGGAAGUCAGCUCUGUGCAUGGUGCUGUUCCCAACGCGGAAACUUCUGAGGUCUGUGCAUUGGGCGUAGCGGGAUCCCCAAAAGGGGGAAAAGUAGAAGAAUCCAAGGUAAGCAGAAAGCGGAAAUCACGCUCGAUUCCAGGAAGGUCGGUGGCGCCUUUUCCUGGGAAAUAUGUAGAUCAGGGGCUCUCGGUACCCGAUGAAUUUUCAAAAAAGGGGCGGGUUUCUAAGGAGUCCUUCUCUAACGCUCCAGAUGGGCCUAAUAGGGCCCUGCUUUCCGCAGGCCCAUCUUCAAAGUCGAAGAGUGUAGAAUGGAGCGAGGGCCCAACCUAA